AUUAAUUUCAAGCAUAAACUUUGUGGAUACGGUGCAUAUUAUUAUCUUUUAUCUUCUACAUCAAAAUUCAGCUAGCUUAUCAUCCAGUUCGGAGCAUGGAUAAUGAAGCUGAGGCUGUGUUGACUCUGGCGUGAUAUUUAGUGAACGAACUAGGGAAGGUGUGUUAUGUGAAAUCAUUGUACUCUGUAAAUCAUGCCUGGCAGAAUAAACUGUGUACUAUUGUUGUUUAUAAAAUUAGGCUGUGCGUUUGAUUUUAAUCCGUUUGAUAUUCCGGAAAAACCGGACGGACCGGCGAGCGACCCCUGUGACGCUGAGUAUGUUUUACGAAAUAAAUCCGAUCGUUUAUGCGUUGGAGGGACUUGUAAGUACGGAUACUGUUAUAAGGAACUAGGACCAGAGUUUUGUAAAUGUGACGCCUCGGCCUGGGGGUUGUAUUGUGAUCAAGCAUGUUGUAAAGACUGCAGUGAAAACGGCAUUUGUAAACAAAACUCGACCACACAGACAGAAUCUUGCUCAUGUAGUGGUGGAUAUACAGGAGAAUUUUGUGAAAUAAAAGGAACAUGUCCCUGUCUAAACGGGCAGUGUCGCUCGAGCUCUCUGAGCGAAUGUGAUUGCGAUGAUGGCUGGUCCGGAGAUGAAUGUGACCUUGAAACCCCCACGAUUAGCACCACGUUGGAAACAAUCGUUAGGACGUAUAACGUUUGUGAGGAGGCUUAUAAGAAGCGCCCGUUAAAUGAACGAAAGUGUUCAAAUGUGAUCAUGGACUGUCAUUUCGGCAGAUGCGUCACCAAGGGCUUGGUUUAUUGCAAAUGUGACAUUGGCGUGUCACCAGGAGACCAGCUUUGUAAAGAAAAAUGCUGCAAAUACUGUGGCGAGCAUGGCGACUGUUACUACAACACGAAAUUGGAACAAGAAAUGUGCAACUGUCAUGACAACUACACCGGAGACCUCUGUGAGAGCAAGAAGGUUUUCCCCUCCACCGAACCUCAUAAAUAUCCCCGAUGGGUUUACUGGGUACCAGGCGUCUGCGGUUUCCUCCUUGUCGCCUUGGUAAUCUUGCUCGUCAUUAUGCCCUACUUUCUGUGGCGGAGGCGAGUGAUACUCGUAAUGAAACUCGUGCACUACUUUAAGGGAUACGAAGAUGAUGACGACAGCAAAUGGGACGCCUUCAUAUCUUACAAGUCAAACACCCCGGAUGAGGAUUUUGUCGUGCACACGUUGUUUCCCAAGUUGACACUUGAACUUGGCUUUUCUGUAAACGUGCACUUCAAGGACUUUACGCCAGGGGAAGAGAUUACAAACAACAUCAUCCACGCAGUAGAAAACAGCAGGAGAACCAUUCUGAUCGUCUCCCCAAACUACUUGGCCUCCAACUUUGCCAAGUUUGAGUGGCAGACCGCCCAGCAACGCAUGUUGGAGCGUCGACAUCGCAUCAUCCCCAUCUUGCUGGAGGAUGUCUCCUCAUAUCACGAGUCAAUGGACCCGAAUCUAAGACAGAUUCUAGCUUCUGUCACAUAUAUCGAAUGGCCACAUGAUGAAACUGCUACACAGAAGAAAACAGACAAAUUUUGGAAGAGAAUCGAACUGUCGAUGCCGAAGAAAAAACAGAAACGCACUGAGAUCCAAACGAUUAUUUAAAAGACAUACCGAGUGAUAAAACAACAGCUACUUUUGUUAAAUCUGACUCGGUAGAGCUGACAACGGAUAACGGUGAAGAAAAUUCCCGACCUCCCUAUCUGCAUGAAAACUCUGGUAUAUACUGUUCAAUUAACGAAAAUGAAAGACCCAACCCUGAAGAAGUUUACAACACAAUCAAUUAAUGAGGCUGGUAUUGAAGCAAGAUUUCAAAGUAUUUGAACAUACCAAGAAAAAAUCUAAGGACGCAUACUAUCUAACACCAAACACAGAAUGAUGAAAGUUCCAACAAUCUAGAAAACCAUAUUACUUUAACCGAGGAAAACUCAGACGGGAGGGAAAUAAAGUAUCUUAAGAUUUCGAAUGUGUUAAUAAUGUACAAUUGUUUAUUUUUUUCAUGAAACUUUGUCUGAUUAUGUAAAGAAUACUUUAAAAUGUUCGUUCCGGUUGAGGUAAAAAAAGAAUGGGUUUAGACAAGAAUAAACAUAAUACUAGACAUUUGAUACAUACUUUGAUACUUUUGUCAAUAAAGAGAUUGGAAGGAAAACCAAGGAAUUGUACCGGUGCAGAUGUAUUAUCAUAAUAGCGAAGGGGACAUAAAAGUGAUAGGCGUUUGUUUAUGUGAGUGUGCGUGUAUUAUCAUAAUUGCGAAGGGGACAUAAAAGUGAUAGGCGUUUGUUUAUAUGAGUGUGCGUGCCUGUACGUUUAUGCAUGGGUCCAAAGCAUUUUUGUCUGGAACAUAACUCUAAAUUGGUUUGAUAGAUCAUAUUGAGGUUAAGGGCAGUUGGCAGGAACCGUAACUAUGGCUGCGGAGUAUAAUUUCAAGUGUAAAUAUUGACUUCAAAGUUCAUAUACAAAUACAUCUUAUUUAGGAGAAGUGCAAUACAUUGGAUUCUGAACUCUGGUGCGGAAUGCUUUUAUUUAUUACCUUUUUAUCAAUUACCACCCUUUGUCAAUGCGGCGGAGAUAUUUAACUUCAUUCUGAGGGAGAUAUGGCAGUCUGUGACUGUCUGUGUCAGAGAGUCAAGUUAGCAUAUCCGAUAUUUGGACAGUGGUGUGACUUCGUAGAUUUGUAGAAUAUCUUUGUAGAAUUUUUAUUUAAUUGUUUUAAAUCAUAAAAGUGGGUUUCGCUUAAAUAUUUCCUCUAUACUGGAUCUUUGCUUAAUAUGUUUGCUUUUAGGUAUGUUGCUGUAGUUUUCUUUUUGUUUUUGCUGAAUUGAUGUGAAUGAUACUAUAUGGUUGUAAUAACACUUAGUUUUGUAUAACUUACAACAUGUUAUAAAAAUGUAUGUAUAAAGUUUUUUAUUCUUUUCCGGCAAUUAUUUUUCAAAUUUAAGUUGGAUUCAAACGAAGCAAAAAACCAAAAUUGACUUUUAUCCGAAAAAAAAACAUUGUACUUGAUCGUCCAAUUUGUGCACUAUAUUGAGACAAAUGUCAACAAAUCACGUGACUAGUGCUUCUGCGACGGCACAUCUGCUCCAACGGAAUGUUUGACUCGCGAAUUGUGUCUCCGGUACCUCAAAUUUUUAACGUUUGUAAAGCGAUUAUUGUCACACUUCUUUUACUAUGUUCAACGAUGAACUUGAAUUAAUCAAUUUCGAUCGAUAGCUCUUAGAUCGCUUGUUUAACGAAAAUACCAAAAAACUAUCAUUAUUGCACGUAAAUGUUUUGAAUAUUACUUAUUUUAAUUUGGUUAUGUUUUAGCAACCAAAAUAUACUAUUUCUCCAAAUGUUGUAUAACACAUGCAAUGCUAUUAUGCUUUUGUGUGCACUUAUUAUCUUGCGAGGUUUUGCCAUAAUGAUUAUGUUCUUCGAAUACUUUUGAAUCUGAAUCUCACCUGUACGGAUAUUGUUGUACAUUUUACGUCGGAAAUGUUUGUUAAUAUAAUUAUGCUUAUUUUUAUAUGUUUUAUUAUCACCUUGAAUAAAAAAGAAUGUUGAGUA